AUGUCAGCUGCGAUCUUUUGUCAGUUGCGGUUGGAAAAAUGCAGCUGCCAAAUGACAAUGGGACUGUCAGAAACAACAUGGCAAUAUCCUGCCAAAUACAAGUUAGUGUUUUCAUUAAUAUAUGUACAACCUAUGAAAAUGCGCCAUUCCCUUCUGUUCCGCAGUGGUUUAAAUGUACCUACUAAUAUGCCGACAUGCAUACUGGUAUACCUGAAUAAAACUACUUGCAUUGAUCUGAAAGAUUUGAAUCGGUUGAUCUACUUGAUACGUAAAUUUAUUGCAGCCCAUAACAACAUGCCGUCUGGAAUUCUACGAGAAGGCCGUUCUAAAUCCUCCGAACUUCGUAGCGAAGAUAAAUUUAUUAAUGCCAGUUCAAUGGAAGGAGCGAUAUACGAUGGAACAAGUGCCUUUAUGGCUAGCCAACAGGUUAAGGUGGCGUGGGUGCAUUUGCAGUUUUCCUGUACAAGUACGAAAAGAGGCAGCUUUCUAUGCUCAAAUCUCUAG